AUGGCACCCUCAGCAAUCUCACCCGAGGAGACCCCUGAAGUCCCCAGCGGCGACUCCACCGUCUUGGCCCUUCGCAAGACGCUGACUUCCGAGAACGAAGCGCUGGCCGCUCGCUUCCGUGCCCUCUUCUCCCUCAAGUACCUAGCAUGCCAGGAGCCUCGCACUGAGAACACCAUCCCGGCCAUUGAUGCCAUCGCUGCUGGAUUCGCUUCUCCCUCAGCGCUUCUCAAGCACGAACUCGCCUACUGCUUGGGCCAGUCUCGCCACGAUGCUGCAGUCCCUUAUUUGCAGAAGGUUCUCAGCGACCGCGAGGAGGAUGCCAUGUGCAGGCACGAGGCUGCUGAGGCUAUCGGUGCUCUGGGCGACAAGGGUAGCCUGAAGCUUCUCAUCGAGAGAAGAGACGACGAGAACGAGGAGACUGUUGUGAAGGAGACUUGCGACAUUGCUGUUGGUCGCAUCGAGUGGGAACAUUCGGAUGCUGGAAAGCUGGAGAAGCUGAAGCAGAGCGACUUUGCCUCGAUCGACCCUGCUCCUCCUCUCGCUAUUGCUGCAAAGCAGCCCUCAAUCGAAGAGCUCGAACAAACUCUCCUCGAUGCAAAGCUCUCCCUAUUCGACCGUUACCGCGCCAUGUUCGCCCUCCGCGACCUUUGCUCUCCUCCCGACCUUCCUACUGCUGUUCCAGCCGUGAACGCUCUCGCUCGUGGUUUCACCGACUCUUCUGCGUUGUUCCGUCACGAGAUUGCUUUCGUGUUUGGCCAGCUUUCUCACCCCGCCUCGAUUCCCGCCCUGACCGGAGCAUUGAGCGAUCUUAAAGAGAGCAGCAUGGUUCGCCACGAGGCUGCUGAGGCAUUGGGCAGCUUAGGUGAUGAAGAUGGUGUGGAAGAGACACUCAAGAAGUUCUUGAACGAUGAGGACCAGGUCGUCAGAGACAGCAUUAUUGUUGCUCUUGACAUGGCUGAGUUUGAGAAGAACGGCGAGACGGAGUACGCAACAAUCCCUGUUGCUGCUUAA